CACACAAAAUUUUAGUGCGUGUUUCUCUGUUGAACCUCUCAAAAGUGUCAACAUAUCGUUCCUCCAGCAUCUGCAAUAUCUCUCAUCCUUUGAGUGUCGCACUCCCAAAAAGUACAAAAAAACAACACCAUUGAAUCCAGAUCGAAGAAAAAAGUGAAAAGCUUCCACUGCCAAAAAAAAAUUGAGAAAAGACAAGACAGUGCACAUCGAAUUUGCCGGAAAAAUUAAGAUUUGAGAAAGAAGGAAAAAAAUGUCAGCAUCACCAGUGGCUCGUCAGGCUUGUUCCCAUGCUCAAGCAAUCCCAUCUAAACGUGUCCUCGUCACGGAUGCCUCGCAGUUGCCGGAAGUUUACUCAUCCACUCCCGGUGGAACUCUGUUCUCAACCACUCCAGGAGGCACUCGCAUUAUCUACGACAGAGCGUUCCUUAUGAACCUCAAGAACUCACCACUGAGUCGUACCCCACCGAAAAACCUCCCACCAGCUCUCAUGCGAGGCUCUCCUGCCCAGAAAAAUAACGGAUGGAAGGCACCAGCUAAUCAACCCCGGCGAGCAUCCAACGACCAGGCUACUCGCCAUCAUGAGGAACAGCAAUUUGACAUUGACAUCUAAAUACUGGUGAUAAGUUUGCAAAUUGCUGAUCUUUCUGACCACACUGCAGAAGGAAGUGUGUCCUUGUGGUGAAGACAACAAAACAUUAAGAGGAACCACACCUUGCUGACACUUAUUUGUUUUUCACAUAAACUCCCACUUUUCGAGACAAACAAGCUCACGUGUGUGAGAAGUGCAGCAAAAAAAGGUGUGGGUCAUUUAAAAUUAAAUAAGUUUCAUUUUUUUCUCGUGUAUAUAUUAAGUGCUACAUUAUACGAAAAAAAAUUGAUUUACGCACCAUGUGCUUAUAAAGAGAAGAUUCUCUAUAUAUAGGAAGUUCAUUAGUUGAUAACUCACCUUUAUUCACUCUCUCUUGCGACAUUUUAAACGCAAUUUUAACGUCAAUAAGUUCUUCUUUUUCCUUUUCUUUAAAAAAAAAACAAUUGAUAGAUAAUACUGUAAUACAAUGAUAAUUCUUAAUUAGGCUACUUGUUGAACAGCAAUUGCUACACAAUUUUCUCCUUCAUUCUUCCCUUCUUGACUUUUAUUUUUGGACACACAAUUGAAAAUGUGAUAACAUUCUUUUUUAGAUUUAUACGUCCCCACGGAGACGAUAUAUAAUAAUUAUUUUCUUGGACUAUUUGCUUGUUAAUAAGAUAUUUCACGCGUUAGUAAUGAUUAUUGAGGUGCAAAUUUGCCCAAUAAAAAGCCAAUAUUUUUAUAAAAUUCAUCCAAUCUUGUUGUUAAAACUUGCUUGUAAAUUAAAAACAUAAUUCUUAGGUGAUAAUAAAUGCUUCAAAUAUUACUCAAGACAUAUGAGAAUUGAGUGACGAAAAAUACAAAAAAUCAAUAAAAGAUUGAAAUUGAAAA